GGCUUUUCGUCGAGUGCUGCGACUGCGUGUGUGGUUACCGUUUUAGUUUUGAGUUCGCUGUUGGCUUAGUUUUCAAAGCGCAAUGUUUCAGUUUCAGUUACCAAUUUGAAAGAUUUGUUUUAUAAUUGUGCAAAUUGGAUAAAUUAAUCUACGUUUUAAUCUAAAAAAAAAAACUUUAACUUAUUUUCAAACCUACGCCAACUAAACGGAAAAUAAUUUUGAACCAGCAUUCAAUUGGAGAACAAAGGAUAUCAGAAGAAAAAAACAUUUUGGAAAAUAAAAAGUGUUUCGUUUUUUUUAUUUAAAAAACGAAGCUAAAAUUAAUUGAAUUUUAGUUACACGACAAAGGAAACUUAUUUUAACAAAAUGUUUCCUCCUCGAAUAUUGAAAUUAUUAUUUGCCGUAUGCCUCAUAAUCGUUCUACUAUCCCAAGCCACCGACAGUGCACAAGCCAAAACUCGCCGAAGACUACGAAGACCCACCAGUGCCCCCGAAACAGAUGCUGCCGCCGAAACGGUUGAAGUCUCCACACGAAGAACCCGCGUUUCGGCCAAGAAAACUCUAGAAAAUGCCGACAAAGAAUUGGCCCAGAAACGUGUCGAUCAGGAGCCGGCACCCUCAACAUCGGUGCGCACACGCCUGCGCGGUAAAUCAAAGUUACGUGCUGGUGGUGCCGAUGCCGAUUCCACCAGCCUCGUGGCAAGUGGUUCUUCGUUGAAGGGUAAAAAGGCCAAAGCCGAGGAUGUGGGCAAAAAGGUCGUCUGCUACUAUACCAAUUGGUCACAAUAUCGGCCCAAGAUUGGUAAAUUCGUGCCCGAGGAUAUUCCAGCGGAUUUGUGCACCCACAUUAUUUUCGCCUUUGGUUGGUUGAAGAAGAACAAAUUGAGUUCCUAUGAAUCGAAUGAUGAGACGAAGGAUACCGUGCCGGGACUCUAUGAUAGGAUUAUGACCCUGAAGAAGGCCAAUCCCAAGUUGAAGAUCCUCUUGGCCUUGGGCGGCUGGUCCUUUGGUACCCAGAAAUUCAAGGACAUGUCCUCGACCCGUUAUACCCGCCAAACCUUUAUCUAUUCGGCCAUACCUUUCCUGCGCAAACGUGGUUUUGAUGGCCUCGAUUUGGAUUGGGAAUACCCCAAGGGUUCGGAUGAUAAGAAAAACUUUGUUUUGUUGUUGAAGGAAUUGCGUGAAGCCUUUGAGGCUGAGGCCCAGGAAUUGAAGAGACAACGUUUGUUGUUGACUGCUGCCGUCCCUGUAGGUCCUGACAAUAUCCGAGGUGGUUAUGAUGUCCCUGCUGUGGCCAGUUAUUUGGAUUUCAUCAAUGUCAUGGCCUAUGAUUUCCAUGGCAAAUGGGAACGUGAAACAGGACACAAUGCCCCGCUCUAUGCCCCCUCUUCGGAUUCGGAAUGGAGGAAACAAUUGUCCGUGGAUAAUGCUGCCACCAUGUGGGCCAAAAUGGGUGCCCCCAAAGAGAAAUUGGUCAUUGGUAUGCCCACCUAUGGCCGUUCCUUUACCUUGGCCUCCACAUCCAAACAUGGCCCUAAUGCCCCAGCCACCGGAGGUGGCAAGGAAGGUAUCUACACCAAGGAAAGUGGUUUCUUGGCCUAUUAUGAAAUCUGUGAAAUGCUGUUGAAUGGUGCCGUCUAUGUCUGGGAUGAUGAAAUGAAGGUGCCCUAUUUGGUGGAUGGCGACCAAUGGGUUGGUUUCGAUGAUGAGAGGUCGAUUCGUAACAAAAUGAAAUGGAUCAAGGAUAAUGGUUAUGGUGGUGCCAUGGUCUGGACUGUGGAUAUGGAUGAUUUCAAGGGUGAGGUGUGUGGAGGACAGGUGAAAUAUCCGCUGAUUGGAGCCAUGCGUGAGGAGUUGUUGGGUAUUUCCAGAGGCAAGGAUGCCAAGGAUGUGAAUUGGGCCGAAGUGGCAGCCACCUUUGAGGAUUUGGAAGAGAUUGAGAAACCCGAACCCAUUAAAAUCGAUGUGGAGGAGAUUCUGGCCAAGGUACGCAAACCCACCAAGAAGCAUCGUGUCAAGGCUGGUGCAUUGGCUGUGGAAAAGAACACUCGUCCCGCCCAGGUCUUCUGCUACCUUACCAGCUGGUCCUCGAAACGUCCUGGAGCCGGCAAAUUCCUUCCCGCCAACAUUGAUCCCAAACUUUGCACCCACAUUGUCUAUGCCUUUGCCACACUCAAGGACCACAAAUUGGCCGAAAACAGUGAUGAGGAUCCCGACAACUAUGAAGAGAUUAUUGCCCUGCGUGAUACCAACCCAGAUCUGCAAAUCCUCCUAGCCAUUGGUGGCUGGGCUUUUGGUUCGACACCCUUCAAGGAUCUCACCUCCAAUGUGUUCCGCAUGAAUCAAUUCGUUUACGAAGCCAUUGAUUUCUUGCGUGACUACAAAUUCAAUGGUCUCGACGUGGAUUGGGAAUAUCCCCGAGGCUCCGAUGAUCGUGCUGCCUAUGUAAAUCUGCUGCGUGAACUGCGUGUGGCCUUUGAGGGCGAAGCCAAAUCAUCAGGAUUGCCCAGACUCCUGCUCACCGCUGCUGUGCCCGCCUCCUUUGAGGCCAUUGCCGCCGGCUAUGAUGUACCGGAAAUUUCUAAAUACCUAGAUUUCAUCAAUGUCAUGACCUACGACUUCCAUGGUCAAUGGGAACGCACUGUGGGCCAUAACUCACCUCUCUUCCCCUUGGAAUCGGCCACCGGCUAUCAAAAGAAAUUGACCGUGGACUACAGUGCCCGUGAAUGGGUUAAACAAGGUGCUCCCAAAGAGAAGCUAUUGAUUGGUAUGCCAACCUAUGGUAGAACCUUUGAAUUGGCCAAUGUCACACAAUUCGAUAUUGGCGCACCAGCCUUGGGUGGUGGUCGUUCGGGCAAAUUUACAAAUGAAUCUGGUUUCUUGAGUUACUAUGAGGUGUGUACAUUCUUGGCGGCCGAUAAUACGACUUUGGUAUGGGAUUCGGAACAGCAAGUGCCAUUUGCCUACCGCGAUGAUCAGUGGGUUGGCUUCGAUGAUGAACGUUCGCUCAAGACAAAGAUGGAAUGGCUGAAGGAACAAGGCUUUGGUGGCAUUAUGGUGUGGUCCAUUGAUAUGGAUGAUUUUACGGGACGUUGUGGAAAUGGCAAAUAUCCUCUACUCUCUGCGUUGAAUGAUGAACUCAAGGGCUAUAAGGUGAAUCUGGAAUAUGAGGGACCCUAUGAGACAAGGGGACCCCGGGGAGCGUACACAACAAAAGAUCCCCACGAGGUAACCUGUGCCGAGGAGGAUGGCCACAUUAGCUACCACAAAGAUUGGAAUGAUUGCACCCACUACUAUAUGUGUGAGGGUGAACGUAAACACCAUAUGCCAUGUCCAGCAAAUUUGGUCUUUAAUCCACAGGAGAAUGUUUGCGAUUGGCCGGAAAAUGUUGAGGGUUGUCAUGUGCCCACCGAUGCGCCAGCCUAAAAUUGUUGACUUAAGAGAGUUGUAUAGAGAGAGCGAGAGAAAAUUGUUUUUUUUUGUAAAAAAAAAUUAACAUGACAUUCUAACACAUAUACAUACAUUCAUUCGAACACACACACACGAACAUAUAACACACAUUUUCAUAUAAGUUCCCUCUUGGACCAAAAGAUUUUUUUGCAAAGAUCUUUUGGUGUUUUUGACACAAUUUUGAAUUUUUUGGAUUUUUAUGAAUCCCUAAAUUUACAAAAAAAUAUCAAUAAUGUUCAAAUUUUUAAAAUAAGGAUCUUUUUAUGAGAUCCUAUUGAGCUCCAACACUGCCCCAUUUUUUUUCUAUUGAAUAAUACUCAAAAUUGGAAUUUAAAUAGGGAGUCUUGAAAUAUGGGUCCAUUACUUUUCUUCAGAUAUUGCCAACCAGUUUUUAGAUUAUGUUAUUGUGGUCUAUAAGAAGUCCUGAAGGGGCCUUGUGGGAAAUGUUAAGGGCUUUCUUGAAGAAGUAAAAUUUAAAUCUUCAGUGUUGACUCGGUUUUGAAAUCAUAAGGGGUUGUGAUGCCAGAUUAUUCUACUUUUUUGUCUUUCUGAAAUAGG